AUGAAGGAUAAGCCUUAUGCCUCAUUGGUAGGCAGCCUUAUGUAUGUGCAUGUCUGCACUAGACCUGACAUAGCCUACUCAGUUGGAAUACUUGGAAGAUUUCAAACUAAUCCUGGACAUGCACAUUGGGUUGUUGGGAAAAAGGUCUUCAGAUAUUUGCAGAAAACCAAGGAUUAUAUGCUAGUGUAUAAGAAGAUAGAUGGUCAAGAACUUGUUGUGUUUGGUUUCUCUGAUGUAGAUUUUGUGGGAAAGCAGAAGGCAGACCUGCUUGUGCGUUUGGAUGGAGGUCAGUGGCUGACUUGCUGGCUUGCUGCUACAUGCCUACGUGAGAUUGUUUGA